UCUGUUUUACUGAUUUAUUUUGUAUUGUGUUAUUUUAUGUUGUGUUUAUUUUAUUAUUAUCUUGUUUUCUGUCACCAUAAUUUGGAAUGCAGUGUUGCAACUGACACCCAAGAUUUCAACACGUCACAUGACCGCUCUAAGCAACAUACAAUGCAGCAUGGGACCACUUUUUUUUUCUUACUUCCUCUUCUUCUUUUUUUUUUUGCUUUCCAAAGAUUCAUAUUUUAGUGCGCCCAAUGCUGUUCAAAGGUACAGGGAUUCAGAGUACUAAUAUAUGAUCUGAACUUUACAAACUCAGCAGCCUCUUCUCUCUCUCUCUGAUAAUGAAUGCGAUGGAGGAGUCGGAACUCUGCUUUCCUCAUCUUAACACCUCAUGUAGGAGGAUAAUACGUCCUCACUUGGAAGCCACACUCAUUUUCAGCCUGCUGUCCUGCAUCACUGUGAUCACUGUGGUUCUGAACCUGUUGGUCAUCAUCACCAUCUACCACUUCAGGCAGCUUCACACCACCACCAACCUCCUCCUCCUCUCUCUGGCUGUUGCAGACUUCCUUGUAGGUUUCCUGCAGAUGCCAGUUGAAAUCCUCCUCUUCCAAGACUGUUGGAUGCUGGGCAACUUUCUUUGUGCUGUAAAUGUCUUCUUAGGUUGCCUUAUUAUCAGUGUUUCAGUGGGAAAUAUGGUUCUUAUAUCAGUUGAUCGCUACAUAGCUAUUUGUGAGCCCAUGUUUUAUUCCACCAAAGUCACUCUGAAAAAAAUUCAAAUCUGCAUUUGUCUAUGUUGGAUCUUUUCUGCUGUCCACAGCAGCUGGAUACUUAGGGAUGUUCUGAAACAACCAGGCAGGUAUAAUUCCUGUGAUGGAGAGUGUGUAGUUGUAAUUAAUUAUGUUGAAGGAGCUUUUGACUUUGUUGUGACCUUUUUUGGCCCCAUAACUGUCAUCAUAGUUCUAUAUAUGAAAGUAUUUGUGGUGGCUGUGUCUCAGGCUCGUGCCAUGCGCUCCCACAAUGCAGUUGUUACACUGCAGCUUUCAAAGACAGUAACUGCUAAGAAAUCUGAAAUGAAAGCAGCCAGGACUCUUGGUGUUGUUGUAGUUGUGUUUGUUCUGUGUUCAUGUCCAUAUUAUUGUUUCACUGUUGCAGCUGAGAACAACUUGGUAUCCGGGUCAUCUGCAGUCAGUGAGAUUUGGCUUUUAUAUUUUAACUCCUGUCUAAACCCUAUGAUCUAUGCCUUUUUCUACCCCUGGUUCAGAGAAUCUGUCAAACGCAUUAUUACACUUCAGACACUGAAGCCUGGCUCACGGGAUGGAAACAUACUCUAGAGAAAGACAUUGAUGAAGUGAUGGAAAAGUAUGUGAAGGGGAAAUUGUUUUUCAUUUUCAUUUACACAUCAUAAAGUCAGGAUAAUUAAAAAAGAUAUGGAGAAAUGAAUGUGUGUUCAGUCAGUAUACCAUUAUAUAUAAAUUUAUUCUCUGUUUCUUUUCAUUGCACAUUUAUUCUCUGCUUCAGUCAUCCUAUGAGAAUGACUAAAACCAGAAAAUCUUUUCUUAACAAACUCUUAUUGUUACUGUUAUUGAUGAAAAGCAUGGUGGAUUUUCAUGGACACAAAGAGAUGACAAAUGCACAAUUACAGAAAUACAGUCAUCACGACCAUAAAAGGACAAAUGGUUUCAAUAAUGUUAUGUUUGGGACAGGACCAGAAUCUGUUACCUGGGUUUUUCCUAGUGAAUUAAAUUUGUCUUCAUUUUAAACUUCACCUGCAGAGAGGAUCACAUCCAGAAACUUUCAAUUAUUAUAUUUAUUAUAAUUAUGCAUUUUUCAGAGAAUACAGUCCCUCAUGAAAUAAGUUCAGUGAUUUGAAGACAAGUAGCCCAAGCUGUUAUAAGCCAGUUUAACUAAAAGAGCUGAGCUCUCAUAUUUGACGCUUUCAAAAUUGUAAGUGCUGUAAAACUGCUUUUUAGGCAUACCUAAAUCUGCAUGUAUAUCAUCUGUUGAAACUUUGAAAGCAACUAAUCACAUCAAUUGAUUCUGUGAUUUUAAACCCUUGUGGUUAUCUAAUAAGAAGAAAAUUAGUAAAAUUAUCUACAUUAAUGAUGUGGCAUUUGUAACACAGAAACUAGUUAAGACAAUAAAAAAUGGCACUUCCGAGCAGCUUGACCAGUAAGUCAUAUGAUAGCACUGCAGCUAUUGUUGGAAAGUAAAUCCCUCACAUGCAGCAUUCCAGAGAAACUGAAUUAUAUUGUACAAGACAGUGUUUAGAGAGUCUGAUUUUUCUCAUCGGUGCAGUAUAACACUUGGUGGUGAAACUGAAUCACAUACACCAUUCUGCUGGAAACACACAGCUUCAGCGAGACAGAUAACAUUACAUUUAAUACCACAUUUAUUUUUCACUUCCCCAAGCUGACACUACAUGAUGCACUCUAAAGUAUACAGUUCGGAGCUGCGAGCCAAGCUACUGGUAACGUCAGCUUAGCUUGUUUCUCUGGGAACAAGACUUAGAUAUCCAACAACUAAAAUCUUUCAUCUGGUGAAAGAUAUACCGUUUGCUAAAACAACCAAGAAAAAAAUAUAAUAUGAUUCAUGUUAUUUACUUCAGUGCUGUUAAUAUUGUGACUGGAAUUAUUUUCAUGUUUGGCCAUCCUACCUGCAGUUCGGGCUUAUGCCAAACUUUGAGUAUGCUACACUUCCCAAUUCCUAUAAAUCUCCAAAGUAUAACUAUUCUUAGUUUGAAAAUCUACUGUAAUAAUGAGAGCUUGAAGCAGGAAAAAACUUUCCCUUGUACCUGGAAUCCUGGGGAGAAAUGUGAGAUUUUGUGGGGUAAAAACAAAGCUUAUUCAACCCUAAAGAGAGACAGACUGUGCUGUCAAAUGCCACAAUUAAGUGAACUAGGAUUUAGCCUUAACAAUAUUAACUACAGGGCGGCACGGUGGUGCAGUGCUUAGCACUGUCAUCUCAUUACAAGAGGGUUCCAGGUUCAAAUUCCUGUCUGGGCCCUUCUGUGUGGAGUUUGCAUGUUCUCCCUG